GUUGUUGUGUUUUUUUUCUGGAGGCGUCACGGCGCUUGGAGCGUUCACCGCCGACGCCGUGACAGCCGAGAGCCGACGACCGGAGGUGGCGCUGACCCUGCAGGUAUGGCUCGAGUGGGUUUAGACCCCGAAAGAAGAGGAACCGCCGCCGACUUCUGGACGACCCCUGGCUGCUAGCACCAUAUUUUGGCUGGCUGAGCCGUGAAACAUGUCUGAAAAUUCCAGUGACAGUGAUUCAUCUUGUGGUUGGACUGUCAUCAAUCAUGAGGGGUCUGAUAUAGAGAUGGUGUAUUCUGAACAUGGCAGAGGCAGCAAUAGCUGUGAACUUACUCCAGAAUGUUCACUUUUAGAGCAAGAGGAGAUGCAAGUGCUACAGCUUGAAGAGGGAGAGAGCAGCCAGAGUGGCACUAUAUUGAUGGAAGAAGCUGCUCAUCCACCUUUGGCGGAAAUGAAGUCAACAUUUGAGGGAGAAGAGGAAAAGUCUCUGGAGGAUAAUGUCUAUUUUGGGACUAUCAGUGAUGAUUCUGAUAUUGUUACCCUGGAGCCACCUAAGGUAGAAGAAAUUGGGAGCCAGGAAGCUCUAGAAGUUGUGAAGGAAGCACAGAGUCUGGAGGAUUUCAACAUGGGUUCUUCCUCCAGCAGCCAAUAUACAUUCUGUCAGCCGGAAACGGUAUUUUCAUCUCAGCCUAGCGAUGAUGAAUCAAGUAGUGAUGAAACUAGUCAUCAGCCUAGUCCUGCCUUUAAGAGGCGCCGUGCUAAGAAGAAACCCAUUUCUACUGCAGAUUCUGGAGAAUGCCCAGAAUCUGAGCAGGAAGUCGAACCUUCAAAGGAGCUGUGUAAACGCCAAUUUAGUAGUGGUCUCAAUAAGUGUGUUAUACUUGCGUUGGUGAUUGCAAUCAGCAUGGGAUUUGGACAUUUUUAUGGUACAAUCCAGAUUCAGAAGCGCCAGCAUUUAGUUAGAAAUGUUCAUGAAGAUGAACUGAUUGAUGUGAAGGAAUAUCUUUCCCAAUGUCAACAGGGCCAAGAGUCUUUUAUAGAGUAUAAGUCACUGAAGGAAAACCUAGCAAGGUGUUGGACCCUCACUGAAAAAGAGAAACUCUCCUUUGAAACUCAGAAAAAGGACCUUCAUACAGAAAAUCGGCAUUUAAGGCUCUCUCUGGAGAAGGAAGAGAAAGCUCUAUCUUCACUACAGGAAGAGUUAAGAAAACUAAGAGAACAGAUAAGGAUAUUGGAAGAUAAAGACACAAGUACUGAAUUAGUCACAGAAAAUCAGAAACUUAAGCAGCAUUUGGAAGAAGAAAAGCUGAAAACAAACAGUUUUCUUAACCAAAGGGAAACUCUAUUGGCAGAAGCAAAGAUGCUGAGGAGGGAAAUAGAGCAAGAACGACUAGUAACCAUGGAAUUAAGGCUGGAACUCCAGCAGUUAAGCGACCGAGACUCUCUCGGAGUAUCUGAAAAAAAGGAAAGAGAAAAGUUGCGGGAAAGACUGACGGAGCUGGAGCGGAAGCUGAACUUUGAACAGCAGCGUUCUGAUUUGUGGGAAAGAUUGUAUAUUGAGGCAAAAGAUCAAAAUGAAAAACCAGAAAUGGAUGGAAAGAAGAAAGGGAACAGAGGAAACCACAGAGCUAAAAAUAAGUCAAAGGAAACAUUUCUGGGCUCAGUUAAGGAAACUUUUGAUGCCAUGAAGAAUUCUACCAAAGAGUUUGUCAGGCAUCACAAAGAAAAAAUUAAACAAGCUAAGGAAGCGGUGAAAGAAAACCUGAAAAAAUUUUCAGAUUCGGUCAAAUCCACUUUCAGCCAUUUCAAAGAUUCAACCAAAAGUUUCUUCAAAGAGAGGGGCAAUAAAAGGUUUGACCAUUCCAAAGAAGCAAGAGCUAAAGAUCAAACAGUUUUUGGUGAAUAUUUACACCCCCAGUAUAAGACACAUGCGCAAAAUCAUAAUAGUAGGGGCUCUACCAGAGAAAGAGAGGAAAGGAAAGAAAAGUCUCCCCUUUUCGAAGAAUUUGGGAAAAACGCAAAUUCACAGAAAUGCAGUGUCGAGCACGCCUGUGGUGAAAAUCCUGAUCCUCCCAGAAAGGCUUGUUCUGGAGUGUCUGAAUGUGCACGGCAGGAGUCCAUGAACCUUUUCAACGUUAAACUGUUGAAUCCUGUAGGAAUCGAUGAAUUUAGAAAGUUAGUCGAGAGGUAUUUAUUAGAAAAGUUGGAUAGUUUUCGCCAUUGGAAAGAACUCGAUCAAUUCAUUGCAGCGUUUUUUCUCAAUGGAGUCUUUAUCCAUGAUCAGAAGCUUUUCACUGACUUCGUUAAUGAUGUGAAAGAUUAUCUUAAAGACAUGAAGGAGUAUCAAAUAGAUAAUGAUGGCGUAUUUGAGAAGUUGGAUGGAUAUAUAUAUAGACACUUCUUUGGUCACACAUUGUCCCCUCCAUAUGGACCCAGUCGACCAGAUAAAAAGCAACGUAUGGUAAAUAUUGAAAACUCAAGGCAUCGAAAACAAGAGCAGAAGCACCCUCAGACACAGCCUUAUAAAAGGGAAGGUAAAUGGCAUAAAUACAGUCGCUCAAAUGGAAGAUACAUGGCAAAUCUUGAAAUAGAACUGGGGCAGUUACCAUUUGAUCCUAAAUACUGACCAUCGUGAUUAAGUUAAAUUAGAAUACUGUAAUAGCAACAUGAAUGCUUUCUUCAAUGUUUGGUGUUGAAACAAAGAUGAAAUUACCAAGAUAACAAUGUCCUUUUUAUUUCUAUAUAAAAGUUUGGUUCCAUUAUUAUUAUUAUUCAGACGCAUCAAAAAGCUUACUAACCUGCAUUUUCCUGUAGUUUAGGACUGAACUUUUUGGGCACUGGAGCUGCAUAGUUCUUAGUUUAAUUCAGGAAACCAGGCAUGCAACAAAUUUUGUGCAUGAAGCAAGGCUUCCCUAAAGCAAGCUUAGAUCUUCCUUGACAAAAUGUAAUUACACUGAUGUGUAAAAAUGUGUAAUUAUACUCUACUUGCAGUAGAGCUUGAAAAAAAGUACAUUGUGGUGGAAUUUCAUCUUUAACAUUUUAUAGUCUUACAUUUGCUUCUUGUCUUUUUGUGGGUUCAAGAGCUCUGUUGACUUGUGAAGAAUUUGCUGCCUUAUGAACUUGCUGACUUGUUCCCUUGUGAAAUUUCUUGCACAUCUGAAUAUUGUGGAAGAAACAAUAAAACUACACCAUGAGGAAAACUAAA